UUUUCCAAUUUACUGAGUACCAGCUUUUAAUUUGUUUCAGCAACACUCUGAUAUGGUUUGAUAUUUUUGGCCACUGGAGCAGUUGAGGUUACCUCCCUUCAUCGUUGUGGGCACAGUAAAAGAAAUCUGUCAUUAUGUUCAGAUUGGAAUCAGUAACUUUCUGUUUACAAAUCCCAUGCUGCCAUGCGUUAAGAGUACACAUUUAUGAAUGAUGGGUUGGAGGGGGGUGCAUUGAUCUUGUUCUCUCUAUUGAUAACAGUGUGAAUAUCGGACAGCCGCCUUAUUGAUACCUGAAUAUCUUCACUGUGCGGUGUGAAGUGAAGGGAGAAAAGCUGAGACUCAGCUGGCUCCUGGUGGCUGAAGCCUGCAGCAGAAAAUACAUCCUGUGCUGGUUGUUCAGCUGCGGAGGAACGGAUAAAUGGGGAGGUUUUGUGGAGAAACUGUUCCUUAACUUUGGAGUCUACCCUGAGCGGAGGCACGCAUAGGCUCUCAGUAGGCUACCUCUUCAUGUUCUGACAGAAACAGAAUUCCUCUGUCUGACAAAGAGACAAAAAGAUGGUUCAUAUUUAAGGGACAGCAUUUGUACAUACCAACAAGAUUGCUUGUUGUCAUGUGCCCAGCUACACUGUAAAUAAAUAAAUGAAGCCAACCACAUUAGAACACGAUAAUUGUCGGAAAUAAUGCUGCAUUAUCUGUGCGCGUAAAAGCGCACCGUACCCAAAUGCGUAAUACGCAUGGCACCUGCAGCAUCUCUCUUCCUCUUUGUGUGAAGCCUGUGUGCCCUUUAGUAUCGUUUUCGUUGCACUUUUUCUACCGCGUGUUAAUUGCUUAUUAUGUCUUAGUGGUGCUGGUUUAGGGGCGGUCUCUCCCUCUCUGCCCUGCCAGUUGUUGGAUAGGUUUGGCGGAGGGGCGUGACUCCUUUUCCCAGAGAAGGUUAAGUAGCUGCCCGCAGCGGAGGAGUGAGAGCAUUCCGCACCAGUCCUCCUCUGUCUCUUCCACAAGCCCUCUGUCUCUGACUCGCGGGGAAACUCGGACUUUUAUACCGAAGCUAAAUUUAGGGGGGCUGGCCGGUGCGCAGCGUCCUCAUCCUGGACGCGCUUCCUUCCUCCAGCCUCGCAUUGGUCCGAUUUGUUCAGCGAACAAUAUUUAUAAGAAAAGCAGCUCCUUCCAGGCGCACAGCUGCACAUGAGUGAAGAGCAACAGCUCAUCGGACGGCAGAAGAAGCGACGCGCUCUGUAGCUUUUUCUGGAGACUCAGUGGACUCUAGUGAUUUCCUUUAAAACUGAGAAAGUGUCUAUUCUAUUUAGGGAAGUUUUUUCUACUUUUUGUAACGCAUGGAAAUGGCCUUGAGUGGGACCAUUUUACCAUCAAUCUCUACAUUUGCCAACCAUAAGGAGAAAUGUUGGGAAGAUAGGUGGAAGGGCAGCAUGGGCAGCAUUGUGCCCGACAUUGACAGCAGCUGCCUGGGCAGAAAAGACGAAGAGGACUUGGAUAAGUUCUUGGAUCUUGAGUUUAUUCUUGCCAACACCACCGGCUCCGACAGCGCGCCAGCCUCCGGGACGGGGGCUGAGUCUUACCGGCCCCAGGAGUCCGGGGCGCCCGUGUAUCACCAGCAGCAACAGCAGCCGGCCAAUUACACCUCUGUCCAAGACAUGAACAGCCCUCCGCCGCCCUACAACAGUCUGAUGGCGGAGCUUCUUCGCUCUGACAUGGAUACCAGCUUCCUCCCCGGGAACAGCCCCAACAUCCAAGGCAGAUUCUUGAUCAGCUCCUCGCCUUUCCAGACCACUCAGGAAUUAUUCCCCGAGCAUCCGAGCAUCAAAGUGGAGCCCGCCUCCAUGGACACGUACGGACCUGUCAUGGGUCUGGUUCCUCAGAGCUGCACCAAAAUCAAGCAUGAGGGGAACGUCUCCUGUAUGAUGUCAUACGAGCAGCAGCCGCGGCUGGCCAACUCCCCGCAGGCCGCGGUGGGCAGCAUGACGCCGCCGCUCAGCCCGGACGACCUGAUGAGCUCCGAGUGCCACCAGCCCCAGAUGUGCAACUCCACCUCGCUGACGUUCCCGCAGAGCUUCCACCCACACCACCGCAGCGCGGCCGCGGGAUUUCCUCACCCGCACCCUGGGAUUCAGCUCCCUUUCCCCGGGGCGCACCAUCAUCACCAGUUCGCCGGCAUGUUUGGAGACGACGCGGCCAUGGGCAUGCAGCAGCAGCCGGCGGCCGGCCAGCGGGUCCUGCUCACCCCACCGUCUUCACCGCUGGAAAUGAUGGACACCAAGCCAAAGAGGGGUCGCCGGUCCUGGCCGAGAAAACGCACAGCGACACACACCUGCACUUUCGCCGGAUGUGGGAAGACCUACACCAAGAGCUCCCACCUGAAGGCGCACCUCAGGACACACACAGGAGAGAAACCAUACCACUGCAGUUGGGAAGGUUGCGGCUGGAAGUUCGCUCGUUCCGACGAGCUCACGCGUCACUUCCGGAAGCACACCGGACACCGGCCGUUCCAGUGCCACCUGUGUGAACGCGCUUUCUCCCGGUCUGACCAUCUGGCCCUGCACAUGAAAAGGCACAUGUGAGGAAAGUCCCGAGGGACAAAAAGACAGAAGACAAGGACUUCUAUGCACCGCAUCAGCCUGAUAAAAGAACUAUAAUAAUCCUAUGAUCAGCUAUAGAAGAAUGCUAUGCAAAUAUAUCACAGCCAUAAAUGCCUAUAGGAAUAUUAAUAGUGGUACCACUGCAGGAUCAACCACAAUACAGUAUGAUGAGGCCACUAUUGACUACACUGUAAUACCUACAGGUAUAUUAUGGGAAUAUUAUGGUGAUUUUUCAUUGGGGCAAAAGGAGCAUCCACAUGAGAUGCUCUCUUAUAUUUGUAAAAGAAAUUAUUUAAUGUUAUUUUCUGAAAUGAGAGAAAUGACAAACAAACAUGACCACAAACAACAAGCAAAAACACAACAAAUAUGACAGAAACAGAUGAGCUCUGUUCAGACUAAAGCCUUUUUAAAAAAAACUUUGUAGCUGGUACUACUUUUUGUAUGGAAUGCUGUUUAUAUAGACAACAAAAAUAAAAGGAACAUUCCACUCAACAUGUCAGGCACAUGCCACUGAAGCAACUGGAAGCAGACAAUCCUUUGAAGAGCAAUGAUCUUUUUUUUUGUAUUUUCACCAUUAGUGCCUUUUAUAACAUUUUAUUACACAUCUUACGAGUGCCAUAUUCUCCACUGGCUAAAGACAAUCAAAGUUUGAUUCUGUGUGUUAUAUUGUAAGUGUAAACAGCAAGUGAAAUAAGCUUUGAGACAAUGUUUUUUUUUCUAAAACUGCCAUUCAUUCUGUCCUCUUUUAAGGCUUGAAUUGAAUAUUGUGUCUGUGAGUCUGUCUGUUGUCUACUAGAAGUUAAAGUCAGGGUCUUACAGUAGGAAGUCUCACAGAAGUGCAUGCUAUCUCAAUGCCACCUGAUUGACAAAGGGCUACACAGUCUUUGGCAAUAAGACUUAUUUGUUUGUGUCUUGAAGAAAUGUACUACCUUGUAAAUAGAAACUUUUUUAUAUAAUGUAAAUAGUUUAUUUUAAUGUACAUAUUAAACUAAGUGAACAACAUGA